CUCUCGAGUUUGGAGGAGGGAAAAAAAACAAGGCUGAUGAUGGUGUGCGCCGUGCGGAGCGAGAAGGGCUCAGGAAAGUUUGUCUACGAGGACUUUUGACUUGCAGGAAUCCAAGCGGAACUAAAACUAAAUGACAUGUUUGCACUUCGUAGCUGGAUCGACUGAAGCCUCAAAAGUCCUUCUGGUAAGAACCAGCAGCAGACCGCGGAACUCCUCUGACUCAAAAAUGAUCGAUCCUCACAUCUACCUGCACUAUAACUACACGGGCAAGCUGGACCACCGGCCCGGCGUGGGCGCCGGUGCCGGAACGGGCACCCCAGACACCAAGACCCUCGUGUUCCUGGCGGUGUGCGGCUUCAUCGUGCUGGAGAACCUGACGGUGCUAGUGGCCAUCUGGCGGAACCACCGCUUCCACAACCGCAUGUACUUCUUCAUCGGCAACCUGGCGGUGUGCGACAUGCUGGCCGGCGUGGCCUACCUGGUCAACCUGCUCCUAUCCGGCGACAGGACCCUGCACCUGUCGCCCGCUCUUUGGUUCAUGCGCGAAGGCAGCAUGUUUGUUGCACUGGGCGCUUCCAUCUUCAGCCUCCUGGCCAUCGCCAUCGAGCGCCACCUGACCAUGAUCAAAAUGAGGCCAUACGACGCCAACAAGAACUACAGGGUCUUCCUCCUCAUCGGCAUGUGCUGGUUAGUCGCCAUCUCCUUCGGGGCACUUCCCAUCCUGGGAUGGAACUGCCUGGGCGACCUCUCCGACUGCUCCACCGUGCUGCCGUUGUACUCCAAGAAGUACGUGGCCUUCUGCAUCACAGUCUUCAUGGCGCUGCUCCUGGCCAUGUCGGUGCUGUACGCCCGCAUCUACGUCCUGGUCAAGUCCAGCAGCCGCAAGGUGAGCAAGAACAGCAACUCGGAGCACGCCAUGUCACUGCUGCGCACCGUCAUCAUCGUGGUGGGCAUCUUCAUCGCCUGCUGGACGCCCAUCUUCGUGCUGCUCCUGGUGGACGUGGCGUGCGAGCAGCGCCGCUGCUGCCCCGUCCUUUACAAGGCCGACUGGUUCAUCGGGUUGGCCGUGCUCAACUCGGCCAUGAACCCUGUCAUAUACACGCUGGCCAGCCGCGAGAUGAGGCGCGCCUUCCUGGGCUUGGCUUGCUGUCUUUGCUACCGGGGCAAAGCGUCGGCAGCGGGCAGCGGCAACAGGCAGUGUCUGGAGGCCAGUCGCAGCCGGAGCAAGUCUUGGAGCAGCCAGAACAACCACAACCAGCAGGGCAGCAGGCAGGCGGGGCCCGAUGUCGAGGCCGACUCUGGACUCGGGAAGGUGUCAGUGGUUGCGGGGCGGAGCGGUGCCGAUGCUGAGAACUUCCUACAGAGCGACGGGACCGAAUGAGAGGCAAGACCAGGGCGGUCCUCGCAGCGCCGGGCCCAGAUUUGACUCACAUCAAGCGACUACAACAUACAAUUCCUUCAAAGACGACACUACUGUGAGUCACAACCUGUCCAAAUUGAGAUAAGAACUGGGACCAUUGGGAACUGGCCCUUUUCUAAGUCCAGAACUGGUUCUGGCGCAUUCAGAUUGAGUUCCAGAAAAGUGGCUGCUGUGUAAAUGGACUGAUAUAGAUCUAACCUGUCAUUGCAAGUCAUCAAAAAGUAGGUGGGGGGGGUAUGCAUGCAAUCAGAUCAGAAAGAACAUCGGAUAACAUAGGAUCCAAAUCUGGCCUUAGUCUUUGUGGCUAAAACCAGGUAUGAAACGUCAAUAUGACUGCAGCGGAAAGGGGAUUGAUCAGGUAUAGCGAUCAAUUGCGGGUCAUUGCGAGUCUUGGAAAAGUAA